GCAGCGGGCGUCGCGGGCAGGGCAGCGGGGAUGGCUCAGUGCGGGACGGGUUGUGCGAGCAACAGCGCGGCGGUCGCGAGCGAGCAGGCGACAGAGCAGACAGCGCAGACAGCGCCGCGGACGCGAGUGUCGGACGAGCCGACGGCCACCACCCCCGGCAGCGCGACGCGGAGGGUCAGCUUUGCGCCGAGCACAAAGUUCAACGGGAGUGACAGUGACAGUGACAGCCCGGCGACCCCGCAGCGCCGCGCAAAACACAGGUCCGCCGGCGGCAACCACCCCGACGGGCAGACGCGCGCCCGCGUCGUCCGCGACCUCUCUCCCCGGCCGGGCCCCGUCAGCUGGGCCACCUGGCGCAGACCCUCGCCGGCGAGGACCCGGCACGGCAUCAGGAUACCGUCGGCGCACAGGAUGACCCUGGGCGAGGGGGCGGGCGUCGCCUUGGUCGCGGGCCCCGCGGAAGCCACCGAGGCCACGGCACCCGUCGGCACGGCCUCAGCCGGAGGCUCCGCGACCUCGGCCUCGGACCAGGACCAGGAGCGGCGGCGCGCGCUGGGCGGCAAGACGAGCUCGCCCGUGAACAAGCCGCAGCCGCCCGCCGCCGCCAUCGCCGCCCUGCAGCAGCGCGUCCAGGAGGCCGAGGCCCUGUGGGUCCGCGCCGAGAAGCCCGAGACCGUCGGCUUCUACUACGAGACGGCCGGCCUGGCUGACAUCGAGUCUUUAUUCAUCGACGAGUGUCUGCCAAGCAACUGUGUCGAUGCUGUCACCAACUUGAUGUCCUACCAUCCAACAUACCUCGACAUCUACAGAACAACUCAAAAUUUCAUCCUUCGUGGAGAUGGUCCACUUCCUUGUGACUAUCGUCAUUACAUUGCCAUAAUGGCUGCUGGGCGACAUCAAUGCAGUUAUCUUAUCAACAUGCAGAAGCAAGAGUUCUUAAUGCAGGGUGGGAAUCAAUUGUGGCUCAAAGGUCUGGAUUACAUACCACAAAAGUUACGUGAUCUCUAUGAGAUAAAUAAAAUUCUGGCCCAUCGUCCAUGGAUGCUGAAUAAAUCUCACAUUGAGAAACUUACAAAAGCACAAGACAGUUGGUCUCUUGCUGAAGUUAUUCACGCUCUUGUGCUGCUGGCUCAUUUCCACUCGCUAGCUAGCUUUGUCUUUGGCUCUGGAAUCAAUGAUGAACCAAGAUAUUUUGAUAACCCAAAUUUAACAUCUGGAGAACCAGUUUUAACUCUCAACCCUCCUCCUCACAGCUCUAAACAAAAGCAAGAUACCCAGAAACUUGACAACAAAGCUUUCAAAGUUGAAUCUCCUGUUGCCAUGUCUCCGACUGAGCCUGAAGUUGGGGUUGACACUUUGAUGGAACGAAUGAAGUCUUUGUCAGAGCGUUCUGAAGAAGUAUCUGCUGAGGAAUACACAAAGCGAUUCGAACAUGUUGAGUCUCAGAGUGCUGAAUUGUCUGCAUCUAUUAGUCAAAAUACCCCUAUGAUCAAAGCAGAUUUGAGUCAUUUUGUUGAUGAUCCAAAAUUUGCUUAUGUGGAUUUUGCUCAUAGAGGUGUUCCAACCUUUAGAGUUCAGGAUUACUCUUGGGAUGACCAUGGAUAUUCCCUUGUUAAUGGGCUUUAUAGUGAAGUUGGAAAUCUUUUGGAUGAAAAAUUCAAGACAACUGCUAAUUUAACUUACAACACAAUGGGAGGCAGACGAGAUGUUGAUACCACUGUUUUCCGCAGGGCAAUAUGGAAUUAUUGCCAGUGUAUGUAUGGCAUAAGACAUGAUGACUAUGAUUAUGGAGAGGUAAAUCAACUUGUUGAACGGUCCCUUAAAGCAUUUAUUAAAACAGCUUGCUGUUUCCCAGAAAGGCUGACAAAAAGAAAUUGUGACAAAGUAAUGAGGGAAUUUCUACACUCUGAGAAGAUCCAUGUGAAUCUGAUGAUUCUUGAAGCCCGAAUGCAAGCAGAACUAAUGUAUGCUUUGCGUGCCAUGAUGCAUUAUACAACUUAAGUUUACUCGUAUUAAUUGUCAGUCAGCUCUGCUAAGCUUUACUAAUGUGCUAAUGUGUGAAAGAAAAUGGUACGGUCAAGUGACAUUAGGCUUUCAGUCAAGAUAAAAGUGUUCACAUUUGUCACAUACACAUUUUUCAAUUCCAAUUUUCAAAUUUUAUGAAAUUUUUAAUUCAAUCUUAACUCAUUUUACUAAUUAUAUCUAUACAUCAUAGAAUUUGGUGCCAAUUAAAGAAGCUCCUUGUUGAAGACGUUUAAGGUUCCAAGUAGUUAUGGUAUUUCUAUACCUGUGGGAUGGGAAGACUUCAUCUGCGGCAUAUUUUGCUUAACUUUCCACAAUUUAGUCCACAGUCUUUCAAUAAUUCUAGAUGUGAAAAGUUUUAUCUUCUUCCCCCCAAUCGUGAAGAAAAUUCUUAAAAACUGUGUCUCGUUGUAGCUGUGAUUUUUCUUCUGGAUAUUUAGUCAUUGCUUGAAUGUCUUGCAUCAUCAGAUUUGAGAGAGUGGUACCUCAUCUGAUACAAUAUACUCCAGUAUCAAGUUCAUAUUGUAACUUUUAAUUCAUUAUUGUUGAAUGUACCUGUGCGAAAGUGUAUGUGUGUUCGUGUGUUCUGUAUGGCUGUGUUUGCGCAUGUAUCAUUCAGUGAGCACUAAUGUAUGAGGUUUGUUGCCAGGCCAUACCAACUGGUAUCCCUACUGUUUUACUUUUUUAUUUAAAAAAAAAUUGAAAUUGCUGAAAUGGUUUCUAAAUGUAUUGAGGGUAACUCCUUCCUGAGUAAGAUAACGCAAAGGUUCUUAUUAUUUUAUAGUGGUAUCCAAACACACUGAUGACUGUAUCAUAUUUUGCCUGUGGCUCUCACCAACAUGAACCAAUUCAACUUCAGAGAGAGCUUUGAUUUAGUUAGCUUUCAUCGUUAGUGCUCUCUUAACUCAUUAUUUGUGUAGGUCUAUGAUCUCAGUAUUAUACUUUUAAAGAACUUAGAUUUCAGUAGAUGUAAAUGAAAUGAAUGUCUGUCUGUUUGCCCCCACCCAAUUCACAAAUAUCAUUUAAGGAAAUAGAGGGUGGUCGAACAAACUGAGUCCUCUAUGAUUGUGGACUUGGUAUACAAUUCAUAUCCCUGCAUGCUACUUUUCAUUCUAGUCCUCUGGUACACAGAUGGAUCUAAUUUUGUAGUGAAAAACUUCAUUCGAUUUUGCCACAAAGCUGUCUUUGGUCCAAAAUUUCUCAAAGUGUUUUGAUUUGAUGUACAUGUAAUUAUUUAUACUUUUACCUUUGUUAUCUGUGAUGUUUCUAACUGCUAAUUUUGUAGUGAGUGUGUUAGUGUCAAAUUAAAUAAAAAAAAAAAUUCUCAUAGCAUA